AUGGGCGAUGCUGGACCAGUGAGGCCUGUGUCACGCAUCGCCGUCAUAGGGGCAGGUCCGGUGGGAGUCUCGUGUGCAAAGUAUCUACUUGCCGAACAGGCAUUUGCGACCGUCGACGUCUACGAACAGCGGGGUCGAGUGGGCGGCAUCUGGAAUCUCUCUUUGCCAGACCGGUCCAAGCGCAUUCCAAUCCCGCAGACUGAUCCGCGAUAUGGCCAGCAGGAUGACAAUGGCCACAGCGUCACAGGCGACUCCCUGGAAUUUGAGUCGCCGCUCUACGACUAUCUGGAAACGAACAUCCCAAAACAACUCAUGGCAUUCUCCGAUCAGCCGUUUCCGGAGGAGGAACCCUUGUUUCCCAGUCACGAGGCCGUGUUGAGGUAUUUGGAGAACUAUGCGGAUGACAUUCGAGGGUUGAUUCAAUUUAAUACAGCCGUGAAAGAUGUGCGACUUGUGCAUGAUCAGGACAGUGGACGUGAAGAAUGGGAUCUGACGGCGCAGAACCUUGUCUCGAAAGAGGUGGUGAGAAGGAUGUACGACGCCGUGGUGGUGGCGAAUGGACACUACACCGUCCCAUACGUCCCAGCGAUCAAAGGCGUUGGGGAUUGGAAUAAAGCAUACCCUGGUGCCAUCAUCCACUCCAAAGUGUAUCGAAGACCAGAAGAUUUCAAGGGCAAAAAGGUCCUGGUGAUUGGGAACUCGGCGUCAGGCUUGGACAUUGCUGCGCAAAUCGGCAAGUUUUGUCGGAAGCCUGUCUUGCUUUCGUCGAGAUCGGUAUCGGCGUUCGGGGUCCUGCCAGGAGGAGGAUACCGGGAAGACGUCGAUGAAGUCGUCGAGUUCCUGUCACCCGAGGACGAGCUGUCUAGAGCCGUCAGAUUCAAAGGGGGCCGGAUUGAGGAGGACAUCGAUGCGGUCGUGUUUGCAACCGGGUACUUUUAUUCGUACCCGUUCCUCUCCAGUGUAUUGCCGCCGCUGAUCACAGACGGCUUCCGCGCACGAGGCACCUACCAGCACUUGUUCAGCAUCGACCACCCCACGCUGGCUUUUCCGGUGAUCAACCUCAAGGUUAUUCCUUUCCCCCUGUCCCAGAACCAGGCGGCCGUGGUGGCGCGGGUGUGGAGUGGACGGCUGGCCUUGCCUUCAACCGCACAGAUGCGAGACUGGGAGCAAGAGACGGUCGACCGCAAGGGAGACGGCAAACACUUCCACGUCAAGAGAUUCCCAGAAGAUGCGGCACAGAUCAACGAGCUCUAUGCGUGGGCCCUGCAGGCGACAAGGAAGGACGGGCUGCAGAAUGGGGGCGUCGGGAGGCUGGGAACGAGAUGGGACCAGAGACAAGUGUGGAUGAGAUCGCGGUUCCCUGACAUCAAGGCAGCAUAUGUCGACAGGGGGGAGAGUCGAGUGCAAGUGAGGACCAUGGAGGAACUGGGAUUUGAUUUUGCCAAAUGGCAAGCCGGACAAGCGCAGGCGGCGGAGGGUCAAGACUUGGCGAUGUUCCAGGCGGCUGGUUGUUGGCCUUGA